AUGACCGGUCUUCAAAGCAAGGGUGGCAAAGAGAGUGCCAACCAGGAUGUAGACAUGGAGCUCCUGACUUUUGAGGUUGAAGCUGUUGUGCCGGGCAUGCCUGACCAUGUCCUGAAGAACUGUGACCCUGCUGCAGCACGUCUGCAGCCAACUUGUGCUGCUGAUAUCAACAGCCUCUGCCUACUUGAAGCUCAGGAUGGUGUCUGUAUCAGUUUGCGAACUGCACAUGCAAGAGCUAAAGCUGAUGCUGCGGAUCAGGCUGCUCAGUCUGCUCGUCAGGAAUGUGAUAUUGCAAGAGCAGUUGCCAGAGAACUUUCACCAAAUUUCUACCAACCAGGCCCUGAUUAUAUCAAGCAAAAAUUUCAAGAAGGAAUGGAAGUAAAAGAAAAAUCUGAAGACAAAGUUCAGGAAAAACCUCCUAGCCCAAAAGAGUCACCUCACUUUUAUCGAAAAGGUACUACACCACCUCGAACCCCAGAAGCAAGUCCGAGGCAGAGCCCUCCACUUCCUUCUGAGCCUUCUCCUUCAAAACAUCUGAAAAAGCAAAACUCUGCUUCUGGGGCAAAACUCAAUCAAGAAAAAAGGCUUUUAGCCACGGAGAACAUAACACCCACGAUUAACAAGCCUUUAUAUUCAAAAGCACCAAUAAAGGAAGAAAUAGCUGUGAAACAGCAGUCAAAGCUUUCAGCCCAUCACAAUCCCAUCAGCACAGAGAAUGGGGAGCUGCAUGGUCACUACCAUGGUUAUUAUGUAAAAAUGAAUCCACCAGUGCUUCCACGGGAGCUUGGGGAAGAAGAUGAUGAAUAUGUCAACCCAUCACCAUCAACAGUUGCACGGAUACCACAGUCACAGAAGCCAAGCCCUGCUAGAUCUGGGGGUAAGCCAGAUGCCAAAGAAAACAAACCUGACACAAAAAUUAAGAAACCAGAAUUUGCUGCACCAAAGAAUCCAGCUAAUAAGGAGUCACAUUCAGCCAUGGAAAAAGAAGUAGUAAACAGCUCGAGCCCUAACUCAGUCAUGAUUGCCCUGGUAAUGCUGUUGAAUAUUGGUCUAGCCAUUCUUUUUGUCCAUUUUCUAACUUGAUUGGAAUUAGGAAAGCUGUGCCUGAAUGUGAUUCAACAUAGUUAUUUAAUUAUGUAACUGUUUUGACCCUUCAGUGAAGUCAUGACAACUAGUGGUGUUAGCCCACAGUUCUCUGCAGUUGUGUCAUCAGCCUUUUAAAUGGCACCAGACAUACUCAGACACAGGGAAGGAGGCUUGGCGUUAGGAUGAUGGGACGCAAGAGAGAUGAAACUUGGAAAAUUCAGCCAGGGGCCCAGAUCAGUUUGUCUGCUGAUGGUUUGUGGCUUUGGGGUCCUGUGAAAGCUGAAGCAAGCAGCCAUGUCGGAAAGUAAACAAAAUAAUCUGCUGAAGCAGCCCCACCAGUGAAGUGCGUUGGCUUCUCCAUCUGUUCCAGCAGAGUGUGACUAAACUGGAAAUGUACGGAGCUGCACUUUUUGUUGAUGGAAGCUAACAGCUGCCUUACUAUUUUACCGUCUGAUGUUUUUAGUGGGGAGAUGGGAAAACGACUGCCAGAGGAAUGUGGUCAGUGGAUUCUGUUGCUGUGGAAGUGAUUCCAGCGUUCACUCCUAUCUCAUUAGAAGAAAUAGUUAGCAGCAUCAGUCACCAGUCUUAUUCCAUUACCUGCUGCUUUUAACAUCUCCCACAGUGUUCUGGGAGAUUGAAUUUCAUUUGCCUGUGCAUGAUUCUGUUCAUUUGUUGUUUAUGAAAUUUGAUGUAUAGCCAUAAUGUAGUGUGUAGUCCAACCUGGAAGAGCGCUACCGGUUCUGUCUAGUGGCAGAAACAGAAGAUAAAACCUUACUCUAAUCUGAAGAUGUAAUUCUUAAAUUCAUUUUCCUAAAUCUGAGGAGUCUAUUCACUUUAAGGUUUAGGAAGCAAUAUAGCGUAACUGUUGAAAUUGAUAUCUUCCUAAAAGUGCUCAAAUGCUUACGUCAGUAGCAAGCAAAAUUCUUCUUAAUUAAAAAAAUAAAAAUCUGAAGCCGAUAUCAGCACAUCCAAAGCUGGUGAUGAAAUACCAGAAUAAUGCAAGGAAGAUAAGAUGCGGAGUUUGCAUGUUGAUUUUUUUUUAAUUUUUUUUUUAAUUUUUUUUUUAAUUCUGGUGCUGUGAUAAUUAGUGAUUUGAAUUAUUAUGUUUCAGCACUGAGGUGUUUUGCCAGCAUUUAAAAUAAAGUCUUGUCUGAGUGCUCAUUAAUGCCAGUGACAGUUAAGCUAGCUAAUGCUCAUAAUAAACUAUUGUGACUUUUGAACACUAGUUUCGUGUUGAAUACAUUCAGGUAGAGCAUUUAGACAUGUUAAGUGAUCGUUUAUCGAUUUGAUGCCUUCAGUGUCUUUGAAGUCCUUUUAUAAUUUUACCUCAGCAUUAAAAAAUCCUCAAAAUUUUUUGUUUGGAAAGUUUGUCUUAAGUAGCUUCACAGCCCUUUGUUAUAAUGACGUGAUCAUGUUUCUUUUAUGUGCCAUUAUAAUGUAAUUAUUGUACCCUAUAUUAACCAAAAGCAUGCUUAUUUGCUGAAAAUAUGUGGUGUGAUCAUUUGGAAAGAAAGCAUUUUAAUUUGAAACUGCAAAAAGCAAAGGGCUUGUAUUACAGUUUAUUUUAUCUCUGUUAGACGAUAUUUCAUACAAUAUAGUUUUUGAACCUGUUUGUAAACUUUAUAAGUGUUUGCAUGGUGUAACGGGCGACAUUCUUAAAAGUACAUUAGCUAUCUUUUGAUGCAGCAUAUUAAAGUACCGUAGGUGCGGACUGAAUAGAGUGCAGCGAAGCAGCUCCAAGCAGGGCAAUAACACCGUGGUGUUUUUUACAGAAGUGUGUUGAGAAUCCUGUGUUUUCACCAGUGUGGAUAAAGAAGAAAGCAGAAAGAGAGCAAAUGAAAAUAAAACUUGUAUAUUUAUUUUUUAAAGAGUCAAAAUUGUGUUUUAAAUUUAGGAAGGUAAUUUUUAAAUAAGAACAAAGUUUUAAAAGUUACUGUGUAAGCCUUGACGUAAUGGACAAAAUGUUCCAUCCAACAGUGAAAUCACCCCCCCGUCUCCUUACGUGGAGAGGUAAUUUUGUAACUGACAUAUUUAAUUCCUAUUAAAUGUUUAUUUAAAAUAC